UACCGAUAUUUGUUAUGGUAAAGGAAGCGGCUUUCCUGAGAAGUUGGGAAGAAGAGAGUGGUGAGUGAGAGUGAGAAAUCAGAAGAGAGAGAGAGAGAUGGAGGUUGGAUUCUUAGGUUUGGGGAUAAUGGGCAAGGCUAUGGCAACCAACUUGCUACGCCAUGGCUUCAAAGUCACUGUUUGGAACAGAACCCUCUCCAAGUGUGAAGAACUUGUGCAACAUGGUGCUUCUAUUGGAGAAACGCCAGCUACUGUAGUCAAGAAAUGCAAGUAUACAAUUGCAAUGCUAUCUGAUCCUUCCGCUGCUUUAUCGGUUGUGCUUGAUAAAGAUGGUGUUCUUGAUCAUAUUAAUGGAAAAGGUUACAUUGACAUGUCAACAGUGGAUGCUGAUACAUCCUCCAAGAUAUCUGAGGCUAUCAAAGCAAAAGGUGGUUACUUCCUUGAAGCUCCUGUUUCGGGUAGCAAGAAGCCUGCAGAAGAUGGCCAGCUGGUUAUACUUGCCGCUGGGGACAAGGCAUUGUAUGAUGAAGCACUUCCAGCAUUUGACAUACUGGGGAAGAAGUCUUUCUUUUUGGGUGACGUUGGAAAUGGUGCAAAAAUGAAACUUGUUGUGAACAUGAUAAUGGGCAGUAUGAUGAAUGCUUUCUCUGAGGGACUCACACUAGCUGAAAGAAGUGGUUUGGACCCUGCAACCCUUCUUGAUGUGCUGGAUCUUGGUGCCAUAAGUAACGGCAUGUUUAAAUUGAAAGGACCUACAAUGCUUCAAAACAGUUACUCCCCAGCAUUUCCACUGAAACAUCAGCAGAAGGACAUGAGGUUAGCUCUUGCUCUUGGAGAUGAAAAUGCUGUAUCAAUGCCAAUAGCAGCUGCAGCAAAUGAGGCUUUCAAGAAGGCCAGAAGUAUGGGGUUGGGAGACCUUGAUUUUUCGGCAGUUCAUGAAACUUACAAAGCACCUGAUCGUUCAUCUUGACUGGAUGACUUUCUGAAGUGAUUAAGCCACCAUCUGGUCAACAGUGUGACGUGAACCUUUUAAAAUAUCUGUUUGAGCAUUGGUCAUGAUUGUAGAAUCUUAUUGAGAUGAAUGAUCCUUUUAAAAUUUUGACACCAUUGCAAAAGUAAGCCUUAAUGUGUGAAAACGAGUUUAUUAGUUCAA